UACGGCAUAUUGUUAUUUUUAUUGCAUUUAGAUAUGACAGAGAAUUGUAUCCAACUCGUUGGAAUAUCCAAUUUCGUUUGAUUUAACAGUUGCUGAAAAUAUUGCAUAUAGUUUAGAAAAUGUUCCAUUGGAAGACAUUAUCAAUGCACUAAGGAAAUCUAAUAUUUAUCAAUUUAUUGAACAAUUAUCUCAGGAUUAUGAAACAAAAGUAGAAAUGAAAGACAGUUUCCUGUCAGAUAGUGAAAAGCAACGUAUUGCUAUUGCUCGAGUUCUCCUUCGUUGA